GCUGUUUUUCGUUGCAGUCCCUUCCAGGGAGUGAUGUUGCAGACAGAGAGGGACACCGACAGCAGCGGAGCACGUCAGUAGGCUACGGUUGUUUUUGUAGUAAAACAAAUCUGUCUAUUUUAAAUGGAAAAUGGAUUUACUGAUUAACCUAAUCUAACGUCAAAGGUGUUGGUGGCCUCCCUGCAGCCUGACGUACGGACAUCUUGUUUCUGUCAGCUCAGGAGACCUAUUUUCUUCCUUUUGGCCCCUUUGCACAGUGCAUUGUAGUGGAGCUCCGUACAGCCCACCAUGGCGUGGCCCUGUAUCAGCAGGGCGUGCUGCAUGGCCCGCUUCUGGAACCAGCUGGAUAAGGCUGACAUUGCGGUGCCUUUGGUGUUCACCAAGUACACGGACGCGUCGGAGCUGCAGCACAUCCAGCUGCAGCCGCCGCUGCACGCGCACCAGGCCCGUGUCACCAUAGAAACGCAGCCGUGUCGCACAACACCCCGCACCAAGCCAGCCGCGCGCCCCCCACGUAGGUGCGUGUCUGAGGAGCGUGUUUGCAGCUCGGUGAUGCGCGAGGACUUUAAGCACUGGAACGUGCGACCCGAACCGAGUUGUAAACCCAAGAACGAGUACCACGAGCCGGAAACACCGUUCAACAGUGUGACCCAGUACCAGAAGGACUACAAACCCUGGCCCAUCCCGAAAAAGUCUGACCAUCCUUGGAUACCUAAGCCCGCCGCCGGGGAGCGCGCUCCGGACAGGCCCCGGCACUCCAAACAUCAGGUGGAGGGGGACAGCGGGGUGGAGAAGAGCGCUUUAGCCGACCAGGUGCAGGAAAAGGACCUGCUAGAGACGAAGAAGAAGACCAGCAAACCAGAGGGGCAGAAGAAACCGGAGGGGCAAAAGAAACCGGAGGGGCAAAAGAAACCGGAGGGGCAGAAGAAAUCGGAGGGGCAGAAGACAGUGGUCCUGAAGGGGGAGGGGGAGGGCCGGGGGAGGCCGGCAGAUGCUGUGAACAGGCAGAUCCGGGAGGAGAUCACCGGGGACAGCUCCUACACAUCUGAGUACAAGGCUUACAGAGAUGUGAAGCCGACGAAGAUGAUCCGGGCCCGGUCCCAGUACCUCCCCCCUGACGAGAAGUCCAGCCUGGAGACGAGCUACAGCGCCACCUACAAGGGCCAGGCUCCGCUGCGGCUCGACAACAAGGACAACAAGGCCCUGGACAGGAGGAGGAUACGCAGUCUGUACAGCGAGCCCUACAUGGACCCCAUCAAACAGGUUGACAGGUAUAGUGCUCUUCGCACUAAACCCAAAAGGCCUGGAGGGGGCCAGGCCAAGCCAGGGAAGAAAGCCAAAGAUAAGCAGAGCGCCGCACUGAGGGGCUCCAAGAAGACCACUUCGGAGAGCCUGCCCGAGAGCCAGCCUGCUGCGGGGGACAAGGAGAAAAGUAAAGAGAUGAACAACAAACUGGCUGAGGCAAAAGAGGUUGUGCUAAAACAGUACCACUACAUACAACUCUGCCAGCCAAUCCGAGAUAUUGGCUGGGUGCAGACUCUAAAGCAACACCUGUGGGGCUGUGCACUCCCCGACCCAAGAGAUGCUAAGGACGAGGUACUCCGACCCAGUCAUCAUCAUUCCCAGGGUGCUGCUGGAGGAGAACUACCACCUCCGCUGGAAAGACCCGAGCCUCGAAGGAGCAGCGGAGUGGUACGCUUCGACCUAGAUGUGAAGCAGAACGAGUAGAUCUGCCUGUCAGGGAGGAGGCAGACACCUUUACAGACUGAUGCUCUGUACUGUACAUAUCUAGUAAAUGAAGUUGGAAUAGGAAGAGUUAAAAACCCUCAAAAUGAUCCACACUUUUGAAACAUGCAUGUUUGUGUCGCUAUUGCCUCUAAGAUCACCGCUGUUUGACCCAUGGCAUUAUUGCAAAGGUGCUACAUCAUUUUCAUGCAAUUUAUUUUCAAUGAUUAUGUCAAUAUCAUUAGAAAAUACCCCACCAUAAAG